AUGUCUGCGGCGGAAACUGAAAUUGGACAGCUCUCGGAGAGAGAGCAGGAGGCUCUUCAUACGUACACCGCCGUGACCGGCCAGGAACCGUCAGAGGCGAUAGCUCUGCUGCGCCGGUCGCAAUGGAACGUACAGAUUGCAAUCUCCAAGUUCUUCGAUGGGGAAGGACCCGAUCCGGUGGAAGAAGCUCGAGCAGCCCUCAACAGCCCUCCGCCACGGCCGACCCGACACACGCAGAAUCUGAUGAGCGAGGAUCUAUCUGCUCGGUUCUCGCCUGCUGCUCGAGCGGUGGAGCCUGUCCGGCGGGUUGAGACGCAGCCGGAAGACCAGGGAGUCUAUCGGCCGUCGUUUCUGAUCGCCCUCCUGUUCACUCCGUUCAACCUGCUGUAUCGACUGCUGUACAGCUCCUUCCAGCUCUUUGGCAGCCUAUUCCCCUUCCUCCCACGCUUAUUGAACGUGACCGCCAACCCGGCCCUGCAAGGUGGUCGCCGGAAUACCAACGGUCGCCGGACGUUGGGACCGAAGGAUACGGCGGCCCGGUUCAUUCGAGAAUUCGAAGAAGAGUACGGACCGAACUCGUUCCCGUUCUUGGAGAACGGGUAUAAUAUGGCACUAGACAAGGCACACCGGGAUCUUAAAUUCCUGCUGGUGGUUUUAUUAUCGCCCGAGCAUGACGAUACAAGCAGCUGGGUGCGUGAGACGCUCCUCUCUCGCGAGGUGACGGAAUAUAUCACCAGCUCGCAGGGGGACCUGUUGGUGUGGGGGGGUAAUGUGCAGGAUUCCGAGACCUACCAGGUCGCCAAUUCGCUCCGAUGUUCCAAGUUCCCCUUUGCCGCCGUCAUUGUGCAUACGCCGAACGUGUCUUCGACGGCCAUGUCGGUGGUAAGUCGGAUUGCAGGCAACACCACGCCCACCGAGUUUCUCGCCAAGCUGCGUGGCGCGAUCACGCAGAACAAAGAGGCCCUCGACCGCAUCCGUGCCUCGCGGGCGGAGCAACAAGCCUCGCGCAGUCUUCGGGAACAGCAGGAUUCCGCCUACGAGCGGUCCCUGGCGAUCGACCGCGAACGCGCCCGCCAGAGACGGGAGGCCGAGGCUGCCCGCCAGCGCGAGGAGCAGGCGGCAGCGGAGCGCCAGGCGGCGGAAGAGAAACGUCAGCGCGACCUGCAGCAGUGGAAACAGUGGCGGGCGCAGUCGAUUGCAGCCGAACCGGGGCCGGCCGUCGGGGAUGCCGUGCGCAUCAGCAUCCGGCUACCGUCCGGGGAGCGGGUGAUCCGCAUGUUCCCCCCCGGGGCGGCUCUCGAAGAGCUCUACGCCUUUGUGGAGUGCUACGAAGUCUUGCAGGCGCAGCCUGAUGUGUCGUCCGAGAAACCCGAGGGAUUCGAGCACCAAUACCGAUUCCGUCUCGUCUCGCCCAUGCCCCGGGUUGUGUAUGAGUUGGAGGCCGGCGGAACCAUUGCUGACAAGGUUGGUCGGGGUGGAAACCUUCUCGUCGAACCGAUCGACGAAGAGAGCGAGGAAGAGGAAGAAGAAAAAGAAGAAGAAGAAGAGGUAUAG